ACCGCGAUAACCAGCGGCAUUGCAGGGUCGACUGGCGGCGGCGGCGGUCAGACCACAAAAAACCCCUCCAAAACCAGCCUUAGACCAUACUAGUUUAGACCAUCAGUUGGUACAAUAACUGGAGGCAAAAUGGCGGAUUCUUCCCGAGUGGGGUCCCGCAAGGCGAGCGCUGCGGUGAAGUCUGUGGACCUGGACGAUGUGCUGGUGAACGAGCUGGGCCAGUUCGGGCGCUACCAGGUCUUCAACAUCCUGCUGGUGUCUCUCCCCAUCAUCAUGUCUGCCUUCAUGAGCGAGUACAUCUUCUCCGCUGCCAACGUGCCACACAGAUGCGCGAUCCCCGAGUGCGACGGCCCCGACCCGGUCUACGAGCCCUCGUGGGCCCUCAACGCCCUGCCAGCCGUCCAGGGCAGGGGCUUCUCCAAUUGUCGCCGCUUCGCCCUGCUGAGCAACACCACCGUGGCGCCGCCCCCCAACACCUGCCCCGCUAGCUUGUUCGAUAGGAACACGCAAGUGGAUUGUGAGGAGUAUGUGUACGGGAAGACUAACUCUGUGGUCUAUGAUUUCGGCCUCGAAUGCCAAGAGUGGCUGCGAGCGCUCGCCGGCACGCUGUCUAGCGUGGGCACCCUGCUGGUCCUGCCCUUCACCGGCUACGUGUCCGACCGCUUCGGCCGCCGUGUGGCGCUCAUAGUCAGCGUGUUCAACCUGGCGCUCAUCGGCCUCGUGCGGGCCUUCUCCGUCAACUACGCCAUGUACCUCACGCUGCAGAUUAUGCAGACCACCCUGGGGGCUGGCACCUUCAGCUCCGCUUAUGUUUUUGCAACGGAGCUAGUGGGUCCGAAAUACCGCGUGCUGGCCAGCGCCAUCUGUUCCUCCAUGUUCGCGGUGGGCCAGGUGAUCCUGGGCUCCGUAGCGUGGCUCAUCCAGCCCUGGCGCUACAUGAUCAUGGCGCUCCACAUCCCCUGCUUCAUCAUCAUCGGCUACUACUGGAUCCUGCCCGAGAGCGUCCGCUGGCUGCUCUCGAAGAAGAGGUUCCAGGAAGCCAAAGAAAUUCUAGAAAAGGUUGCCAGGGUGAACAGGAAACAGAUCAGCGAUGCGUCUCUAAAUGCGCUGUGCAAUCCGCCGGCGCUGGAAAAGACUGAUGAGAAAUCCGAAGAAGAGAAGCCCAGCCUCCUACGAGCGAUCGGCAGCUCCCGCAUCCUCCUGCGCCGCGUCUGCACCACGCCGAUCUGGUGGGUCACCACCACCUUCGUGUACUACGGGCUGUCCAUCAACUCCACCGGCCUCUCUGGCAACAUAUACCUCAACUACAUCUACGUCUGCGCCAUCGAGAUCCCCGGCUUCGCCACGGCUGUGCUCAUUUUGAACAGGAUUGGCAGGAAGCCUACCCUCACUUUUGGAUACUUCUUGAGUGCUGCGUGCAAUAUUGCCUUCGCUUUCAUUGAUGAUGAACAAACGACGGUCCGCCUCGUCCUGUUUCUGAUUGGCAAGUUCGGCAUCUCCGUGGUGUUCACGUCGCUGUAUCUCUUCACAUCGGAGCUGUAUCCCACUGAGUACCGCCAUAGUCUGCUCGCCUUCUCCUCCAUGAUCGGGAGAGUCGGGUCCAUCACUGCGCCUCUUACUCCUGCUUUGAGGGACAUCUGGACGGGUCUGCCGUCGAUGCUGUUCGGCGGCAUGGGUCUGCUGGCCGGUCUGCUGGUGCUCACGCAGCCGGAGACGCUCGGCACCAGCAUGCCCGACACCCUGGCGGAGGCCGAGGCUAUCGGCACCGAGCAGUCCAAGCGGUAGCGACAACCACUGCUGGGUGAAUUGAAGACUUAGCCCCCAGUUUCACCAUACUCUGUUAGAUCAUAGCAAGGGAUUAGUUGUUGACUUUUGAGUUUGACACAAUCUGUCAAGAAUUUAAUAUGGAUAUGACAAAUAAUUGAUGACAUUACAACGUAACAAGGGUGUUAAUGAUCUAACAGACUAUGUUGAAAAUGGGCAUUAGGAUAGAAACUCCUCCUUUUUUUGAAGUCGGUUAAAUGAUGAGGGAACAUUGAAAACAACGCUGAUGUGUUGUUGGUGUUAGUGUGGUGUAGGUAAAGAGAGUGUGUGGAUGUUUUGAGUAACGAUAUACCUACCUACAUACUUUUUAUGACUAUGACAUUUUAUUACCCUGUAAAGGUGUAUAAAUUGAAGCGGUAGUUAGUUAUUUAUUAUAGUUAGGAAUUACUUUAUGACCUUCAUUUUAAUUUUGUAGGUUCUAAUUUAUAAGACAUUAUAUUUAUGUGUAGUAAGUAAUACGUUAUAAACUAAUAAAGUAAGCAAAUUAAUGAAGUA